AUGCUUGCGGCUGUGUAUCACGGCCGAGCUACGGAUGCCCUGCGUGCUGUAACCCCGAUCCCCCGCAUGAUCCGCUAUCUCGGGCAACCGACAAAGAAUGAGGGCCAGGAAAAGAGCGACGCUUACUGGAGACGGAACCUGGGGAAUGCCCACUCCACAAAGUUUCCAAAACCCCUCACGCCAUCAUAUCAGCCCUUCGCCGAUGGUGUACUGAGAUACCACUUCCAGCUGGAGCAUGGGAGGCACCGGGUCUCGCCAGCCAUUCUGCUCCGAGCAGCGUGGGCUGUGGUAGUUGCCAGCCAGACAGCGAGUGACGAGGCGAUGGUUGCAGUCGUUCUGUCGGGACGUGACAUGCCCCUAUUUGGGAUCGAGGACGUGGUUGCUCCAACCAUUACUACUGUUCCUUGCCGUAUCAAAAUAGACCGGAUGGAUCCCAUCACGGCGUUUCUUGAUUCAGUGGACAAUGCGGCGAAAGACAUGGCUCCACACACUCAGUUUGGACUGGCGAAUAUUCAGCGGGCAGCAGGCCUAGGCCACGAAUUCGAGCCGGGGCACCUGUUUCUUGUGCAGCCGGGCGACGAGGAUAUCGGGUCCGUGGAGGUGCUGGGUCUGGAGAUGCUGGAUGCCGAGAGAGGGAACUUUGAAGGCUACGCGCUGGUCGUUGAAUGCACUCUGCACGCGAGCGGAGCCGGUGUAACUAUAGAAAUGCGAUUCGACAAGCAAGUUCUCUCUCCGUCGCGAGUGUCGGGGCUGCUGUCCCAACUGGCACAUGUUACACAUCAACUGCAAGUCUAUAAUUUGGCCGACACAGAGUUAGCCGCUGCCAGCCGGAAUGAUUGCAUUGGAACCCUUGACGUGAUUAGUCCAGAGGACAAGGAGCAACUCCUGAACUGGAAUGGACAACCACCAAGUGCCACGAGAGCCUCACUAGUGGAGUUGGUGGAAGCCCAGAUGACGAGGAGCCCUGAUGCCCCGGCAGUUUGCGCAAGAGGCGGUGACCUGACGUAUUCCAAACUGUUCACUGCUGCUGGCCGUCUGGCACAGCAUCUUGUCGAACUUGGGGUUGGCCCUGAGAGGUCUGUUGGUCUGUGCAUGGAGAAAUCAAAAUUCGCCGUGAUAUCAAUAGUCGCUAUUCUAAUGGCCAGAGGCACUGUUGUACCACUUCCUACCCUGCAGUCUGACUGCCGAGUCAGCAAUAUCAUCGCUGAUGCCGGUAUUUCCGUUGCCCUGGUCGAAAUACCGCAGGCGAAGCGGUUGAAAGGCCUGAUCACUCAUCUUAUCAUUGCCAACACCAGACUUCUCGAUUCUCUUCCGGCUCUGGAUAUUAUAUCAGACCGGCCAGAGCCGCAGACCGCAGCAUGGGUAGUGUACACAUCUGGCAGUACUGGAAUCCCCAAAGGAGUUGUGCUAGAGCACCAGGCAUUGUGUACGGGCCUCCUGGCCCACGGGUCUCGCUUCGGCAUCACCUCCUCGACAAAGAUGCUUCAGUUCUCUGCCUUUACAUUUGACCUCAGCAUCCAGGAGAUAUUUGCUACCUUGGCAUUUGGGGGGUGCGUUUGCGUACCGUCGGAAACGGACCGGACAGAUAGGCUCGCACCAGCGAUGAAAGAGCUAGGAGUGACCUUCGCUAUCCUCACGCCUACUGUGGCUUCUUUGCUUAGUCCCGAGAGCGUGCCAUCGUCCCUCGAUACUCUCGUCCUAGCGGGCGAAGCAGUGAGUCCUGAUCAUGUCAGGCCGUGGCUCGACUGCGUCAGGAUAUUCAAUGGUUAUGGCCCAGCCGAAUGCUCCAUGUUCUCUGCCAUAAAUGGUCCAAUUGAUUGUGCGGAGAAUGCGUCUAAAAUUGGCUCGCCCGUCUCGAACCGCCUAUGGGUUGCAAGUCUGCUAGACCAUGAUACUCUUGUAUCCCUCGGUGCCGAAGGUGAGUUACUUAUUGAAGGGCCCCUGCUUGCUCGAGAAUACCUUCAUGAUGCAGAUAAGACGGCGACGGCGUUCGUGCUGGACCCGCAGUUCAUCCACUCACUGGACCUGCCCCCCGGACGCCGCAUGUAUCGAACCGGCGAUGUUGUUCGACAGGAUCGGGACACUGGCUUGCUCGAGUAUAUUGGUCGUGUAGAUAAUCAAAUCAAGAUCCGCGGGCAGCGCGUAGAGGUUGGCGAAAUUGAAAGCCAUAUUGUGCGUUUGCACUCAGGGAUCAAGGCUGCGUGUGUCCAAUACGUCCAAGUACGAGAUCUCGCAGACCCGAUACUGAUCGCUGCUAUUGAGGCUUGCGAGGACAACCAGGGCACACACCUAGAAGCUCUCCGUGGCGAGCUUCAGAAAGCCCUACCUCCGUAUAUGGUCCCGACACAUUUAAUACCGAUGAAUCUCCCCGUGAAUGCAUCGGGCAAGCUCGAUCGAAGGGCCACGAAAAUUACACUUGAAAGGCUCACGUUCGAGCAACUGACGUCGCUUACGCCGGACAAAAGCGGUGCCCUCGAAGAAGACCGCAUGCUGAACGAGUCGGAGGAACAGCUCAGCCAGCUCUGGAAACAAGUCCUCGGCCUCCAGGAAAGCCACAAAAUCAGCAUGAACGACGACUUCUUCCAUCAAGGCGGCGACUCCGUAGCAGCCAUGAGGCUCGUCGCCGCGGCCCAGACGGUGCAGAUACCCAUGCGCCUGAGCGUCUCCCAGAUUCUGCAGCAUCCGGGUCUUGUUGAUAUGGCACGGGUGGGAACUGAGCACAGAGCUGUUCAUGACCCAGCGCCUUUUGAGCUUUGGGAUACAUUCCGUGACCUGGAGCCACGACAUAAACAGGAAUGGCUAGUCGCUGUGGCCGAGCAGUGUGCGGAUAUCGCGGGACCUGAGCAGAUUGCGGACGUAUACCCUGCUACGCCAUUGCAGGAGGGUUUAAUGGCCAUCACGUCGCAGCAGAAGAGCGCGUACGUUGCGCAGCAGGUGUUCCGCAUGGGACCGAAGGUCGACAUUCAUCGCCUCCAGUCUGCUUGGGAGGCACUGUGCCAUAAACUCGCAAUACUCCGGACACGUCUUGUUUACGCAGCAGGGGGAUCGCUGCAGGUCGUUACCAAGAAUGUGCCGCAUUGUCGGUCUGCUUCGUGUGAACUGAGUAAGUAUCUAGCGGAGGACUUGGAAAGGUCCUUUGGGUAUGGCGUCUGGCUCCACAAUCUGGCUGUUAUAGAAGACGGUACUACCAAAUAUCUUGUCUGGACGGUGCAUCAUGCGGCAUACGACGGCUGGUCCUUAAUGCAGGUACUGCGAAUGCUCGUCCGGAUCUACCAAGGGGAGGACACUGGGUUUGUUCCAACUCCGAUUUCGCGGUUUAUCAGGUACCUGGAGGAGACAGAUGAGAGCGCCAUGACUGAAUAUUGGAAGAAGCAGCUGGAGCACGCAAAACUGAUUCGGUUCCCUCAACUUCCGUCACCAGCAUAUCAGCCACAUGCCAGCAGUAUUGUGAGGAAGCGGCUGCAUUUUCACUCGGGGAGCAGUAAGAGUGGGACGCCAUUUCCAACACCCAUCCUGCUGAGGGCAGCAUGGGCAGUCACGGUGGCCACGUAUACCGGCAGCGACGAGGUCAUCGUCAAUAUAGCCCUGAGUGGUCGUGAUGCUCCAGUCCCCGGGAUCGCCGAUAUUGUUGGACCGACCAUCACGACUGUCCCUGUACGGAUACAGAUGGAUAUGAAGCAGGCAGUCGGUGACUUUCUAUCAUCUGUUGACCGACAGUCCAAGGACAUGGUCCCGUUCGCCCAUGCAGGCCUGCAUUGGAUUCGCCAUGCCGUGCCUGGUCUCCCAUCCGAUUUCGAUGCAGGACAUCUGUUUAUCAUCCAGCCGGCUGUGUCGAGCAAUGACAGCCCCGGUGUCGAGGACAUCGGACUUGAGAUCAACCCAGCCAUAACAGAAAACUCAGAGAGUCCGGACUUCGGUGGAUACGCCCUGGCCGUGGACUGCACGGUUCAUCCCGAUGCCGUGGACAUCGACAUCCGAUUCGAUCCCCAUGUUCUCCCUCAGCCUAGAGCUGAAGCCCUGUUGGCGCAGUUUGAGCACACUACUGACCAGCUACGAAGCCACGGCACCGGACAACGCCUCGCUGACCUUGACCUUUUAACCCCAGCAGACGCCAAUGCUAUUCGGGCGUGGAACGAGAAACCCCCAACCGGCCGAGAGGCAUGCGUCCACGAGCUUAUACGAAUUAUGGUCGACAGGACACCUGAAGCUACAGCUGUCGACGCGUGGGAUGGGGACUUCUCGUACGCCGCUCUUUACGCAGCGUCUCGCCGGCUCGCCCAUUACCUGGUCUUAUACCACAAUAUUGGGCCAGGCGUCAGGGUUGGGAUGGCGAUGGAUAAGUCGCGUUUGGCCAUUGUAGCUAUCCUGGCGAUCCUCAACGCCGGUGGUGCUGUACUACCGUUGGCAACACAGCAACCACUUUCAAGACUGGAGCAUGUCACAAUCGACGCAGACCUAUCAACCAUCCUAGUCAGCGCCGACAAGGCUGAGUCCCUCGAACAACUGGAUGUUGUCUCGCGGCGGCUGCUUGUCGUCGACGCCGCAUUGGUGGAACUGUUGCCAGCGCCUCCUACAGAAGGGGGGAUCUGCAAGGACGUGCACUUUGAUGAUCCAGCAUGGAUUGUGUAUACGUCUGGGAGCACUGGUGUGCCCAAAGGAGUAGUCCUCGAACAUAAAGCGCUAUGUAGCAGCUUUGCGGCACACGGGGCCCGGGUGGGAUUUGGGUCUGACACAAGGGCUUUCCAAUUCUCGGCUUUUACUUUCGACAAUUGUAUUGAGGAUAUCUUGUCCGUUCUGUCUUAUGGAGGAUGUGUGUGCGUUCCAUCUGAAACCCAGCGUCUUAACGCCCUGGCUGAGACAAUGCGACAUAUGCGAGUCAACCUACUUAACUGCACGCCAACGGUUGCGUCUCUCAUAACACCGAGUGAUGUACCCAUGCUGAAGACUUUGCUGCUGGGCGGCGAGCCCGUUUCCCCGGCGGUGGUCAAGCAGUGGCUUGGACACGCCAAAAUCAUGAAUACCUACGGACCGGCCGAAUGCAGCGUUGAUGUGGCCGUGGGCGGUCCCAUGAAUAGCCCAAGCGAUGCCUCUACAAUUGGCCUUCCGCUGAAUGUGUCCCUCUGGGUGGCCAGGCCAUCGAACUAUAACCAGCUCGCGCCAAUCGGUACGCCGGGCGAGCUCCUCGUCGAGGGGCCGCAGCUCGCCAGAGAAUACCUUAAUAACCCGGAAAAAACCGCCGUAUCCUUUAUAUGGAACCCAGAGUUCCUUAGGAUUCUGGACAUGCCACCACGCGGCCGUUUCUAUCGCACAGGAGACAUCGUAAGGCAGAAUGGUGACGGCUCGCUGGUUCACCUUGGUCGGAUGGAUACGCAGAUUAAAAUCCGCGGGCAGAGGGUUGAGAUUGACGAGAUCGAGAGUAAUAUUCUCCGUGCUCAACCGGAGGUGAGGCUUGCUUGCGUUGAUCUCGUCGUGCUAAGUGACAUGGACCGUGACCCAAUGCUCCUGGCUGCAAUCGAGGUAGUUGAUGGAGGAGAGGACGGGGAUUUCAUAGCGGGCACAGUUCGGCGACCAACAGCUGCCCUUCGAACUCUGGUUAGAAACUUGCAGGCGCAAUUACUGCUCGUGCUCCCACAAUAUAUGGUGCCCCAUUUCGUCCCAGUGGCCAGACUUCAGCUCAAUGCAUCAGGGAAGCUAGACAGACGGGCUACGCGCUUGACUCUCGAAGCCAUGACUCGUCAGCAGAUCGCAUCAUUUCAGGAAGCAUCAGAUACAACGCAAGGACGCACCUCGCUAUCAGAUAUGGAAGAUCGCCUCCGCCAAAUCUGGGUUGAGCUGCUGGGCUGUUCACCAAACAUCGGCCCUUACGACAGUUUCACCCUCCUGGGUGGUGACUCUGUCAUUGCCAUGCGCCAUGUUGCUGCGGCCGUCCGCAUAGGAAUCCGAAUUGGCGUCGCUGAUAUUCUUCAGAAUCCGCAAUUAUCCGAUUUGGCGCGCGUUGCCGAACAGUCUCAGGGCCCAGGAGCCAGCGAGGAAGACCCAGCACCCUUUGAGCUGUGGCCUGGAUUUGCGAAUGAAGAUGCAGAAGAGCAGACGUGCUGGCUCGAGGCCGUUGCACGGCAGUGUGGUGAAACGCCAGCGGAUAUAGAGGACGUCUAUCCCGCUUCGCCACUCCAGGAGGGUCUCAUGGCCGUCACAGGUCAGCAGCCGGGAGCCUUUGUCGCGCAGAAUGUCUUCCGAAUGACCGACGUUAAACUUGCGCGUUUCAAGCAGACUUGGGCCAGACUGAUGCAGUCUCUGCCGAUCUUGCGCACACGGAUUGUUUACCAUAAUGCACGCUCUGGGCCAUUGCAGGCCGUGGUGCGUAGGCACCUGCACUGGAUCCAUGCCACCGACAUCGAGACAUACCUGUCCAUCGACAAGACGCUACCAUUCUCGUAUGGCACCCCACUACACCGUCUUGCGAUUAUAGGCCCUGGGACUUCGGAUGGUGGAAUGUACUUUGUGUGGACGCAGCAUCACAGCGGUUAUGACGGCUAUCAGACUGCGCUGAUGCUGAACAUGCUGGCUGAAGUUCACCAGGAGCAAGAAUUGCAUCAGUCCCCACCCCCAGUCACUCGGUUUAUAAGAUAUCUACAGCAGAAGGAUAAAGACCAGGUUACGACCUUCUGGAGAAGUCAGCUGGGAGAUGUCCAUCUAACGCGUUUCCCCGAACUCCCAACUCCAUCAUACCGUCCCCAGGCCGACAGCUGCUCACGGCGACUCGUCCAGCGGAGCGUGCCCCAUCGUGGACCACUAGUCUCGACUCUUCUGCGCGCUGCGUGGGCCUUUACAGUGGCUACUUAUACGGGAAGCACAGAGUCGACGUCAGUCGUGGCGCUUUCCGGGCGUGACGUCCCUGUCGACGGCAUUGGAAGCAUGGCUAUGCCAACUCUAACCACUGUCCCAGUGCGCACGCGCCUAGAUGACCGAAGCCAAACUGUUGCUGCCCUCCUCAGCAGCAUCACCCGCCAGGUUGAGGAGAUGAAACCGUUCUUGCACACCGGAAUGCAGUAUAUCCGGGCUGCUGUACCAGGAUUAGCGCCAGAUUGGGACCCAGGCCAUCUCAUCAUCAUUCAACCUCCUCUGGGUGGCAGCGACGAAGAUCCUCUGGCGGCAAUCGGUCUGGAGGACGUUAGCACUGCCAGGACGGAGUUUCCAGGAUACGCACUCGCAGUGCAGUGCACCGUUAAUGCUAACGGAUCGGUGGAUGUCGAGAUGCGAUACGAUAGCAGAGUUAUAAUACCCCCGACGGCUGAGAACCUUUUGGCCCAGUUCGAAUAUAUGGUACACCAGCUGGAGACACGGCCCGAUAUUGCUAUUGGCGAUAUUGAUCGUUUCAGACCAGCAGAUGCACAGAAAAUCCAAAGGUGGAAUCAGCCGGUUCUCCAGGCCAAGCCCAUUACCUCCUGCGUCCAUCAGCUCAUCCUGUCGAUGGUUAACCGACAGCCUGACGCCCCUGCGGUAUGUGCGUGGGACGGCGCCCUGUCAUAUGCAACCCUAUGGGGGACUUCCUGCCGUCUGGCUCACUCGUUGGUUGACCUUGGAGUCGGCCCGGAAGUGACUGUUGGCGUCUGCAUGGAUAAGUCACUGUGGGCAAUGGUCUCGAUGUUGGCCGUGCUGCAGGCCGGUGGUGUAGUUGUAGCACUGGGCACACAGCAUCCCCUGAUCCGGCUGAAGACAAUUCUGGUAGACGCAGCCAUCAAGGUAACCCUGGUCGACAACAGGCAGGCUGAGCGUCUGCGGGAUGUGACGGAUUACAUUGUAGUUGACGAAGGCUGUGUCCGUCGCCUGCCAUCUCAGUCAAGCCCUCCUCUCUCAGGCGUCACACCACAAAAUGCAGCGUGGAUUGUCUAUACCUCCGGCAGUACUGGCACGCCAAAGGGGGUGGUACUGGAGCACCAGACACUCUGCACCGGAAUCAGGGCCCACGGCACGCAGUUCGGAAAUAAUGAACAGACUCGUGCACUGCAAUUCGCCUCUCACACAUUUGGGGUCGUCAUCGAAGACAUGUUCACCACGCUCGUCUUCGGCGGCUGUACUUGCAUUCCGUCUGAGGACCAGAGAAUGAACAUGCCCGAAUUGACCAACAUGGUUCGGGAUAUGGCCGUCAACUUCAUGAACCUAACGUCCACAGCUGCUUCAUUACUAGAUCCGCGCGAGGUCCCGGGUGUCAAAACGGUUGUCCUAGGAGGCGAAGCCCUACGACCGACAGUGGUGCAACAAUGGGCUGAGCAUGCACAGUUGCUCAACGCCUACGGGCAGAGUGAAUGCUGUGUGGAGUCCCUUAUCAGUGUUAUUAGAGGCGAGAACGACGCUGCUAACAUUGGCUUCCCGAUCGCCGACUGCGCGGCUUGGGUGGUUGAUCCGCUCGAUUAUAACCGCCUUGUUCCAGUGGGCGUUACAGGGGAGUUGCUAAUUCAGGGCCCUCUCCUUGCACGAGGAUACCUGAAUGACCCGGGCAAGACGGCCGCUUCGUUUGUAUCGAGUCCGGAUUUCCUCCAGAGACUGUGCUUCUCAGGUGAGGUUUGCAGUCGGAUGUACCGCACCGGUGAUCUUGUCAAGCAGAACGACGAUGGCUCUAUUGAUUACCUCGGCCGUCGCGACACGCAGAUCAAGAUUAGGGGACAGCGGGUCGAGUCUGGUGAGAUUGAGAACCGCAUUGUCCAGCUUCAAGCUGAGGUCUCGCAUGCGUUCGUGGACUUGAUAAAGCCCUGUGAUGCAGACCCGUCCUCUGAUCCUGUGCUCGUGGCAGCGGUUGAAUUCCAAUCUCCACAAACAUCAUCGGCAGACCUGAUCCAGAGUAUACGAUCUGGCUUACUUGAACAGCUCCCUACCUACAUGGUCCCUAACUAUACUGUUCCCAUGGCAAAUCAUUUACCCGUCAACGCGUCCGGCAAACUGGACCGGCGGGCAACACGUACUCUCAUAGAGAGCAUGAGCCGAGAUCAACUCGCAGCCUACAAACCAGAGCAAAGGAGAGCCCAUCGGCCUCUAUCUCCGCUGGAGAAACGGCUCCGUGCGGUAUACGCCGAGAUUCUGAGUCUCCCAAGUGACCAGAUAGGACCCUAUGACCAGUUCGUCCAGCUUGGAGGUGACUCCGUGGCCGCAAUGCGUGCUGUUGCCGCUUCUCGAAGGCAAGGACUGUCGUUUUCCGUCCGUGACAUUCUGCUACAUCAGAGCAUCGCAUCCUUAUCUCCAUAUAUAACAAGCAUGCCCAAUGAGCUGGACGCCCUUCCCACAUCGGACGGCGUAACAGAUGUGCAAGAAUGGAUGCUGAACCACCAUAUCGCUCGCCCAGAUGUGGGCAUGACAUGGUUCGCACUGGAUGCAGCCAGCCCGCUAGCUGGCGAGCGAAUGGCCGACGCAUGUAGGAAGCUGCUCGCCGAGAUCGAGAUCUUACAUACGGGCUUCGCUUUUAGGGACGGGGGAUGGAAGCGAGUCGUGCCCGCCCCGGUGCAGCCAGACGUGCAGUCAUCCAGCACCGAUACUACAAUAUCCAAAUGGACCGCAGAGUACAUCCAACGAAAGGGAUUCAAACCCAUUGAUCCUGAACGACCCCUGGUGUAUAUUGCCCUUUGCACCACAGGGUCGGAACACCGGAUUCUGAUCUCCAUGUCCCAUGCGAUAUACGAUGGAUUGUGCAUCACGUCUUUCUGGUCGGCAUUGAAGGACCUCUACGAGACCGGUCGGACUACACCCCCAUCAUCGUUCUCUCAAUACAUGGGCCAAGUCGAGAAAAGCCGCACGGCAGAGGCUUCAGAAUACUGGAAGGGCCUCCUCAAAAAUGCAACGCUGACAGACGUUGGGGAUAUCACGCCCCAAGACAGGGAAUUUGUCUGGCGAGCAGGGGUAAUUGGCCCUGCAGUCAUCGAGAUAGGCGAAAGUCCUCCUCCUGGAACAACCUGCGCAACGGUACUGAAGUCGGCGUGGGCCCUUGUCCUGGCAAGACGCACCGGACGCAGCGACGUGGUCUUCGCGGAUCUCGUAUCCGGUCGUGCUGGGGUUGAUGCUUCAGUUGCAGAAGCACUGGGGAUGUGUUCAACUCCGAUUCCAGUACGGGUGCAGCUCGACCCAUCGUCGACCUAUGUAGACCUUGUCCACGCGGUGCAGACACAGCAGGUCGAUAGCAUGCCUUUCGAGACGUACGGGUUCAGCAGAAUUGUUGAUGAGUGCACUCAGUGGCCCAAGGAAUCCAGACCCCCGUCCUGGAUUAACCACGUCCCUAGGAAGAUAGCAGACACGAUUUUAAUCGGGGGAAAUGAAUAUACAAUCAGCCAGCCAGCCCAGGAGGAGCAGAAGUGGACGUUCAGCGAGACCCGGAUUUCUUGGACCCAGAUAGAGGAUACUUUGGAGGUUACCCUGGCUUAUGCUGUUGAGAAGGUGCCAGGGGCGGUUGCUCAAGGGCUUUUUGAGGAUCUUAUUUUGAUGCUGAACCGGACUCUCUCCAGUCCGCAUGAGUUGAUAUCGCUAGGAUGA